GCGGGUCGGAGCCGCCUCCAGCCGCCACCUCCCUCUCCUCACCUCAGACGGGCGGCUGCCGGCUGGGAUGAGGUAGCUCGUGCUCGCUGCUGAUCGGAGGGAUGGGGUCUGAAGAAUGAAAGAAGAAGAAAAAAGAAAGUGGAAGAAUUAAACUUGGAGUGGUGGUAUGUGAUUCAAACUGGACAAAGGGAAUGUUUUGGUUGCUCUUAAACACCAGAUGUGCUGGGUCAAUGAACUGUUACUCCAAGAAGCAGAGUUGAGAGGACAAGCUGAGAAAACAUCAUUGCAAUGGCAAGAAGCAAUGCAGCACCUUCCCCAAAAUCUCUGAUCUAAGGAAACAUGCACUCACUCAACUGCAACAAAGCAAUAUUUGUGUUUUUUUAAAUCAGUGAUAGUGUCAUGGUUCAGCUUUCUCAGUGCCUGCGGCAAAAGACUUCUAUUCUUUUAUACUUUUAAGAGAGACUAUAAGUCUGUCUUCCUCAGCAGGAUUUAAGAUCUUUCUGGACACUUCAGCCCUGCCCGCACACACACAGCAAGAUGAUUGACCUAAGCUUCCUAACAGAGGAGGAACAAGAGGCAAUAAUGAAGGUGCUGCAACGGGACGCAGAGCUUAAAAAAGCUGAAGAAGAGAGAGUCAGGCACUUACCAGAAAAAGUCAAAGAUGAUGUUCAGCUGAAGAAUAUGAGUGGACAAUGGUUUUAUGAAGCAAAGUCAAAAAGGCAUAGAGAUAAGAUCCACGGAGCAGAUAUUAUUAGAGCUUCCAUGAGAAGGAAGCCUGCUACUCUUGCUGAAGUGAGUCAGAGCAAAUCAAACAAAGCAAAGGACAGCUGGGUGAGCAAUGUUAACAAAGAAGUCUUUGCACCGCCAGAACUACAUGGCAUUGUGGAACAUCAAGAAGAAGAAGAAGAACUGAAAUCUAGUUCAAGUGCACUUGAAACAUCUCAGGCUUUUUUAAGAAGACCAAGCAUACUUCACGUGGGAAAGAAACAGAAUAUGUGGAUAUCUGAGGAAAAAAACAUGUGAUUCUACCAAGAAAAAGAAAUCACUCUGGAAGGUAAAGGCUUUGAUUAAGAUCUGGACGUUAACAGUCAGCUUGGGCAUGACUGAAUGGCUACACUUGUUGCAUGAAAGCUAGAUGAAAAGUGUUUUUUUGAACUAAGGAGGAUUUUUUUUGUAUUCAGUCUCGCUAGCUCAAGUCUGUAAACUUCAAACAAAGCAUUUUGGUUUGAAACAUCCUGAAUUGACUUCUGACAGAGAGAACUAUCUUUUUUUCUAAAAUACCUACAUUAGUAAUUCAUUUGCUGCAUUGAAAAGCUUUCAGAAAGGCUGCAGGUGAAAAGAAUUGCUGUGAUGACAGCAAGUGGCAAUUAAUGUAUAUGAACAGCCAGAUUCUCAAAAUCACUGAGGAAACAAGAUCUAGGUUAUAACAAACAUAUCUACUGUUUAUACUUUCAGUCAACAGAGUGAAGUAAAGACUGGAAUUGCUUAUAGGGUGACUUUUAUUUCUGAUUGUGCCAUUGAUUGAUUCUGUGAACUUUCAUCUUCUUGUCUGUCUUCUAUGUCCCUCUCUGUAUGUCAUCUAUUUUUUCUUUGCAGCAAGGCUUGUCUCCUCCUAUGCACUUGUACAAUAUCUAGUAGCAGUUCCAUCUUUCACUUUCCUGGUCUGCAAAAUGGGUACAAACAUUCACGAUGAACAAUACAAAAGAUCGAUGU